AUGUCACUUCAUUACAUUUCAAUACCAGACUCAAAUUUUAUGUCGACUCGAAACGUCCUGCGUCUUCUUGUAAGCGUGUAUAUGGAGUUGCAAGGUGACAUUGAGCAACGUGGACAAGACGCGCCUUUUGCACCCAAAAAAUGGGCCAAGCUCACAGACGAAGAGAUCAUCUUGUCCCCUAGCGACGGUUUUGAAAACGUAUUCACCCUACGCGGCGCUCAGCUCAUGGUGACUGGGUUGCAGCAGAUUAUUGCCAACUGGGGCGAGAUCCGCCCUGGUUCCAUUGAAUUUUGGAACAACACGAGGAGCUCGGAAGCUCCACUUGGUCUAGGACUUUUGUACAUGGGAGAUGGCAAUGCCUGA